AUUGACAUGUUGCACAAAAUGAAAAGAUUCGGUGAGAUUUAUAAAAUUAUUAGCAAAGGAGUUUGUGGUGUCAUUUACAGGCACAUUAAAAUCCCCAAGCAUUAAAAUUCUUUGAAAUUUAGUGAUGGAAGCCAAAAAGUCACUGAAUUCAGCCAGAAAGGCGCCAUUAAUACCAGGAGGGCGAUAAAUUAAAAUACAAUAAAACGGGUUAGAGCGGCCAACUUUAGAAAUAAGCAGUUCAAAUGAGGUAAAAGUUCCACAAUUCACUCUCCUCGAGGAGAAACUGUCUUUGUACAACAAAGCAAGGCCACCACCGCGGCCAGUGGUCCUUGGGGCACAUAUGAAUGCGCAAUCAGGCGGGCAUAGCUCCUUCAUGGACACAUAAUCUUCAUCCCUUUGCCAGGUCUCGGUGAAAAACAUGAAAUCUAAAUCUCUAGCGAUGAAAAAAUCAUUCAGCGUGAAUGAUUUGUUGUUGAUCGAGCGAGCAUUCAACAAUGCCAGCUUAAGAGACUUGGGACCAGCUUUGCAGACAGAUUGUGAUUGUGACAGUGGUUGCAGAUACCGGAAAUUGUGGGUUGUGUGGUUUUGACGUUUGUGAUGUCUGUUGUUCAUUACUACGGGUAUGAAGGUGGGAGAUUGUGGGACAGUAGAGACUAGCCCAGUAGUUGGGGCAAUAGGAAAGCAGGAGGGAUUGUCUGUAGAGGUUAGUGGCAGCUGGAGCCUGUAGGGGGAGCUACGGGAGGCAAUGUCUAUAGAAUGCUCCGUAGAAGAAGAGGCAGGCACUGAGAAGGGGGUGUGGCACGUAAACAGUCACGCAUGUGUGAGUGGCGUUGUGUGUACGGUAUGCUGUAUGUUGGCUGCUAACACGCGGCUUCCUAACUUGCUCGGGUGAAGUCCGUCAUGUCGAUAAAAGGAGGGGCGGUUCCAAAAUAAGUUAAAAUUGUCUAUGAAAUAAAACCCGUGGAUAUUGCAGGCGGUUCGGAGCCAAGACUGGAGUUGAAGGAGCCGACUGAACCGCUCUGCGCCGAGGCCGAGUGUGGGAAGAGGGCCGCUGAUGAAGAUUGACAUCCCGCAGUCUUUUAAGGCAGAAAACAGACUGUCCGGGAGUUUAUCUCUGAUUUUUGUGACAGUGGCUCCUGGAAAACAGUGGGUGGUGGAAUUAAAAAAGCGAAUGUUCCUGGUUAUGGAGUCACCCACUAUGGCGGUGGUUGGGGGGAACAGUGGCCGAGGACGAGGGGGCGAGCGCCGCUGCUCUGUGGGGACUGUUUGCGGAGUGUGCGGAGAGGUCACAACCUCAGCGGUGGCUGGGGGCUCACACGACCCUUCACGGCAUGGAAGACCGCCGGAGCGUCUCGCCCUGAGAGCAGCCUCCUUCACGAUCCUGCGCCUGGAGGAGGAGGUCGCGGACCUGAACGGGGGUCCCGAAACAGACCCCACAACCCCCCGGGCUGCUGGCAGUGAAUCAGUCGAAGGGCAAACAGGAGGGGAAUGGACAGUUUGCAGCAGAGGGAAUUCCUCAACAGGGAAUUCCUCAACACUCAAGAUGUUAUAUCUGUUCUCCAGUUGGAGCUCACAAGGUGGAGCAUGUAUCGGGCUGGACCUCGCUCGCUUUUUUCCAUGUACUGUGGACCAUGGCUCUUGGUUGGGAGUGGAGUUGUUAGUUCUGAACCUCGGAUUUGGACUGAAGGUGAAAGUAGCUAAAGUUGCACUGCUGCUCGCCCAUUUAGGCUUGGCCCCCAGCAGCAGCCACGGGUCCUCCGCCGGAGGAUGUGGGGCUGCAGCUGAGGAGGCCGGCCUGGAUGUCGCUGUGGCGGCUGGAUCAUCAGCUCGGAGCUGA